AUGGCACCUGUUACAAGCAAGAGGGAUCUGGAAAUGAUAUGGUGCGCCAGCAAGGCAGGAUCGGCAAUGGGGCCAAUUAGAUGCUUGGAGAAGACUAAAAAAGGACAUUGCUGCCAAAGAAAGGUGGUACAAGAAGCUUUUGUACACAACACUAUUCCGCCGGUUAGUACACCAGAAGCAGCAAGUCAGAUGAGGGGGAUAGAUGCCUUGAAAAGACAAAAAAAUUAUCAGUGCUCAAGAAAAGCCGUACAAGAGGAUCUGUGCACGCAACGCUGUACAAGAUGUAAGCAUCGAACUUGCCACAAAAGCGGGAUUUGUGGCCAGCAUCAUAAGGCGUUGAAUGACGGAGUAAGUAUCCACAAUCCCCUCAUUCAGAUGAAUUUGACAUGCAUGAUAUACUUUUCAAUAUGA